AUGAAGAAUGAGAAUUUAAGCGAAGAUCCAAAAAAUGUCCCUGCGGAGAACCAACAUGGAGAUACAUUCACAAGCAAGGCAAACAACGUGAGUGAGGUAAGCGACACGGGCAUGCAGAAGGAAGGUGAGAAGGAUACAUCAAUUAGAGGAGAAAAAGGAAAUCCCAAAAAAAGGGGAACAGAAGAAAAUGGGGAAGAUUCUUUUAGCCCGUCGUCUCCUCCUCAUGUGAAGCGGAAAAAGGAAUCUGAAGAGAUUUCACAGCAACGGGGAGAAAAACACAUGAAACGCCUCAACGAAAACGAAAAGAGAAGGGGGGGUGUUCCCGACGAAGGAGAAUCAAACAGUCGCAAAAACAAGAACGGAGAGAAAAAAAUAAUCAUUGACAAGAAUAAUCUUUUCCACGAAAUAAACAUGUUGUUAAAAAAAAAAUUAAAAAUUAGUGAUGCAAUAAAAAUUGACUUAUUUUACAAAGACAAUUGCACACAGAUAAAACCCUACGCCAUUUUUGACGAGUAUAAAUAUGUUAAUAUAGAAAAUAAAAUAAACUUAGAGAUAGUAAAUUUUUUGAGGAGGAGCUUACAGAGUGACAGGAAGGAUUUCCUGUCCAUACAUAGCAGCGUAGUGGAGCUGCGAGGAAGCUUCAAUGAUGAGCUAAUAAACCUACCAAUUGUUAAUCAAAUUAUUCUGCAGAAAAUUAGUAACAAUAAUUACAAGUACAAAUUUAAUAUCGACACCGAUGUGCUGAACUACAUUUAUGUCGAUCUGUUUAAAAUUCAUAAAAGUAAAUAUAAGUUCAAAAUUUUGGAAAAAAAAUAUGAACUGGAGGAGUGGUACUAUUACGACACAAGGAAGGAUCGACGCAAAGGGGGGGGAACCCCUCAGCUGAUUGGUGAGGCAACUGCUGCGGAGGGGGGUGACGUGCCGAAGAACGAAGGGGCGGAUCAAAAGCGUGAGGAAGAUAAGAACGAUCACCAGACACGCCACGAAAGAGCGAGUCAACAAAGCGACCAGGAGGAGAACAGCACAUCCAGCGAAUCGAACGAAAGUGACGCACUGAUAAAUUUGUAUAACGAGGAAAAGAAGAAGGAGGAGAUGCAUUUGCUCAAUGGGAAAACAAGGAAGAAAAAGAAGAAAAGGAAGAAGAGGAAAAAAAAAAUUGUUGAUAAGGACAAGGUAUACAUGGAAAAGUUAAAAAAGCUAGUUGAAGAGGACAGCGAUCAUGAAGAUAAUCCCACGUCAAGUGACCACAACUCUGCCGAAUCGGAUGACUCGUCUAAUGACAGAAAUCAGAUUUUGUAUAGGAGGAAAAUAAUAUAUUCGAGGGAUGGUGACGGGACGGUAAUAAGCGCGUUUAAGGAGGUGGAAAACGACACUGUCUGUGUUUAUUACCCGAACAGUUCAUACAACCAGUGUCUGAAUUUGAGUUCGUUUGAGCCUCUGCUGGGGGGUGGAGCAGCCUCUGCGGUCGACUCCACCGAAAUGCCUUCCACCGAUGGUGUACACCGCCGCAAGUAUGACAUAUAUGAGCACAAAAAUGGGCAAAGCAGCGUGGGAGUCAUCGGGGGGAACCACGCAGGAGAAGCACCCAACCUAGACGCUCUGGAUGAAGAGAACAUAAAGAUAAAAAAAAGAUACGUGAGGGACAUCUCAAUUUACAAUUUCUGUUGCGAUGAAAAGUACAAGGGAUGUAGCCUAUUUUUACAUGUGGCGAAAAAUAAAAAAUUGAAAAAUGUGAAAAUAGACUACAACAUUGACUACUCCGAUUUUUCCAACAAUUUGGAUAUCAUCAAAAUGUACGAAGUGAAGGGCGAGGGCAGUUCGAAUGCCAAGGGGGGGGAGAAUAAACGAAAGGACGUGGGGAAGCUGUUCGAGUUGGAGAAGGACUGGAAGGUGAACGUGGAUAUCUACGUCGACAUUGAGAGGGUUGUGCGGGAGUUCAGGAAGCGGGAAGAGGGGAGUGAUAUUCUCCAGAUUGGCGGCGUGAUGGCCGACGGUGACCAAGGUGACGAUCGCCGUGACAAGUUCGGUAAUAGGCAAGGCCCAUCGAAUAAACUGGACUACGUGAUAUACAACUUUUACAAAAACUUCGAGUGCCUAAUCAACUUAAUGAACAAGCUGAAGAAUAAUAGCACCAAGUUCGAUUACUUCUACCCGAAGAUGAUAGGAGACGUGAAUGAAGAAAUCAGGAAGCACUACGAUAAGAAAAAAGUUAUUUUGUUGAAAAAGUCCAAUAUUAAAUAUAUUCGCAUUUUUAACAAUGAGGUGAAAAGAAUAAUGAUCCUGUUCUUUGUGCCGUAUGGCUCCAAAAUCUUGGACCUUGCAUGCGGCCAUGGACAAGACAUGCUCAAAUACAACACGGUGAAAAAUAAGGUCUAUGUUGGACUGGACAUCUCCAAGAAGGAAAUCGAGUUGGCCAAGGAACGCUUAAGUCAGAAUGAUGUAAAAGGCUUGUGUAAUCUUGACAACUUUUUAUUUCUCCAAGGGGAUAUUUUAAAUAAUAAAUUUUUCCGAAAAUGGAAAAAUAAAAAUAUCACAUUUGACAUAAUUUCGAUAAAUUUGGCCAUGCAUUACGUGGUGUACAAUGAGAAGUCUUCUAAAAAAUUUUUUAAGAUUAUCGAAAAUUUUUUGGAGAGUGAGGGCUUGCUGCUGGCGACCACCAUUUCGACCAUCACGCUGACUGACUUUUUGAUGAAGCGCUCCGUCACGGAGGUCGUUAACGACUCCAUCACGCUGACGCUAGAGAAUGACCUGUUCACGAUCCGAUUCGACCAAGAAAAUCUCCUCAAAAUUUUCAAGAAUAAAAUGUGCCUAGAAGAAUUCGUAGAAUUCGUCAACAGCAACAGCACAGUGUCUCAGGUGAAAUACGACUAUUUCCACAAGUUGAUAAAAAACGCCUUGGAAAACACGUUGGGCAUCAAGUAUUAUUUUUACCUAUACGAUACCAUUGACGCGAAUGAAUUUGUCAUUCCACAGAAAUAUUUAAAAGAUAAGUUGCAAGAACUGAACAUGGUUGAGCUAUUCAAUAACAGCGCCAUCAUGUUCCUUCAUUACAUCACCAACAAUCUAGAGACAUACGACAAGUACCAAAAUAUAAACUACUUUAACUUAAUCAAUAAAACUAUCGAUAAGUACAUUUUUGACGAUAUUAAAAUGCGGCUUAAUAAAAUUCAUGGCUAUAAUAGGGACUCCCAAAUUUAUUUUGACAUUUGUUCUUUGUACCAUGUGUAUGUUUAUAAGAAGAAUUUCGAUGCGUCCAUAUUGGGGGUGGUGUAA